AUGUCUCGAUUUUGGUGUGUUUUCGUGGCCAGCAUACUGUUCUGCAUCUCUCAGUUCGGUGGUGCCAAAAUCUCCAACCCUCAUCAUCUUCUCUUCAUCUCAUCCUUGACAGGCCUAGCAUAUGGUGUACUAUUCGGAGUUUAUCCUGCCAUUGUCUCCCAUGCAUUUGGAAUAUCUGGGUUUUCCCAGAACUGGGGCGUUAUGACUCUCGCCGCUGCGAUUUUUGGCCAUAUAUUCAAUUACAUCUAUGGUGUCAUAUAUGACAGCCACUCGAAAGUCUUGCCUGAUGGCACACGCCAGUGCAAUAUGGGACUGGAGUGCUAUUCGACGGCGUAUCUGGUGGCAUUCUACGCAUCUAUUUGCUCCGGAUUUCUAACAUUAUUAGGAGUUUUCCUUGAAAGAUAUAGGCGGCAUCAGAGAUUACUUACUGAGGAAGAUGAGAUACCCCAACAAGCUGCAUGA